AUGGUUAAGUAUCUGUUGAGAAGAAGACACAAUUUCGUGGCGCCAGAGAUUUCCUUUGAUCUAAUGAUCGAAAUCCUGAGUAGAUUGCCUGCUAAAUCGCUUAUGAGGUUCAAGUGUGUCUCAAAGCUAUGGUUUUGUCUGAUCCGCUCUCGAUAUUUUAGCAACCUUUAUCUCACAUCAUCUCUAUCGCGACCGCGACCACUUGGUCUAUACAUGAGUUUGAAUAUGGGUUUGAGUUUGGCGAGACACUACCUAUGUGAUUCGAUGGAGCUCUGCGAAAACCCUGGAAAGACUGAACUGCUAUCAUUAAGGUUAUCGCCGUCUAGUAGUAGUGCUGAAUCAUUGUUAGAACCAGAUUUGACUUUCCCAGGGAUGGGAGGAUACAGGAUGGUAUCUCUUCGCGGUUUGAUUUUAUACACUGUUUGCAGAAAAGCAUGUAUCUAUAAUCCUGCCACUAGACAAAGCUUAACCUUACCCGCUGUCAAGUCCAACCUCUUUGCGCAACAAGAACCUAAUAAGCAUGUCUACUACUUUUUCGGCCAUGAUCCUGUUAUUGAUCAAUACAAAAUAGUGUGUAAUGUUAUGAUAGCCUCAUUAUUUUUUGAGAGGACAACCUCCGAGUAUUGGGUGUUCGUACUGGAACCCGGAGGUUUUUGGAAAAAGGUUGAGUAUGAUGAUCAACCUCACCUUCCUAGAAGACAAGGACUCUGCAUCAACGGAGUUAUAUAUUAUCCGGCUUCCAGUCAUAAAUGUCACUAUAACGUUUAUUGUUUUGACGUUAGGUCUGAAGAGAUCCGUGUGAUCCAAGCACCCCAUGCAGUGUGUCAGUUUUGUAAGUCCUUUGGUUUCAUAGAGCAUGGUGGAAAACCAGCAAUCUUUGAUUAUACACGUAUUAGAGAAACAGGUGUCUUGGAGUUGUGGGUCUUGGAGGUGGAUGGUGGAAUAUGGUCGAGGAAGUCUCUGGUUUUGAAGCCUUGUCAGAGGCAUUUAGUGGAUGAAAUUAAUGUUAACGAGUUGAUUGUUCAUGGUACUGCUCAGAACAAUGAGGUUAUCUUGGCGUUGACUUAUCCUUGUUACCUUCUCUAUUAUGAUCUGAUAAAGAAUGAUUUGAGAAAGGUUAGUAUCAUCAAAGCAACAACACGGGAUGUGUCUUUCAGGGUUCUAGAUAAGUGUGAAAGCAUCAUGCACUUGAAAAUUUGAAUAGAGUUUUUCUAUAAGAUUUAUCAUUAUCUAACUGUCUUUGCUUAAAAUAACACAUUUGAACUACUUAUUUAUAACUAGUUCUUUAUUUAUUUUACUUGUGAUGCAAACAAACAAAACAAUAGCUUCUUUUAUUGUUUAAUAUCAUCAAGACAAAUUGGGCUUUUAGGUAUGUUUCUUUAAAUUUGUUCUCUAAAAAUCCUGUUUUGAGUACAUGUGGGAAGCCUACUGUUGUCAACAGACUGCUAGCUCUCAACAAACACAUGAGCAUACAUCCUUGAAUUCAUAUUUCUAUUUGUCUCAUGUGAAUUCCCUAAAACAAACAGUUCAUUUGUUGUUAUAGAUCCGCAGAUCCCUGCCUCGUUUCGAGUCAGAAGAGAAUCAACAGCUGUAACCAACCAAAGCCAAAGAAAACUUUAGUAGCCACGAGCUUGAGUCUUACACCAAGAGCUAUGGCUUAUGCUGCCCGGUGAAGGUUGAGCCAGCCAAGACAGCUGCAGCUUCAAAGCCACAGAGCAUUGUUGAUUCUUACACAGCCUCCUUAGAGAAUAUGACAGCUCAUGGAGCACUUGACGUGACGGGUAAUCUUUGGGACUUAUGGCUUAAAAAAAAGUUAUUUUUAGUCAAAUUUGUGGAUUGUUCAAGAAUGAUUUCUGAUUUCGAUCCCAAAUUUUUUUUCUGGUUAUCGCCUAAUAAUUCUUUUUGUAGAGAAAUUUGGUAACUUGUUUUAGCUGUAAAUUGUGACAUAUGUAAUAUUCAUAUUGAUUACUACAUUUCAUUUCAUGUCUUGCGAAAUAGUAUGAAAGAUAAGUUGUACAGAUAAGUUCCUAUAUGAAAUUACAAAAAAAUAAAUUUACAAAUUUUAAAGUAUUUACAUGAACGGUUGAAUAUUCUAUGAAUCACUAAUAUUAUUUUCGUACACGAAUUAUCAGGAGAAUGUGAUAUUUUUUUUGUUAUUUUGCAUUUAAUAUGAAAUAUAUUUUUUUGUCAACUAAUAUGAAAUAUAUUUUAUUUAGUUUUAUGACAAAUAAUCAAUCAACCGCACCUUCACUAUCUAAAAAACAUAUGACAGCGUAUAAGUAAAAAUAAUAAUAAUAAUAGAUGUACACGUAAAAUAUAUAUUAUUGACAUUUAUUCAGAAACCAUGAUGCAAACCAUAAAUAAAACACACACAACCAUCAUAUUAAUAUAUAUUAGUUAAACAAAAUUAAAAGAUAUCUAAACAUUGGAAAGGAGAAGUUAUGUUGAAACACCUUUACAAUGAAAAAAUUGUUACUGCUAUUAACAAAUCGACCAAUUUAAGAUAUAUAUAAUAAAAAGCAGGGUUUUCUCUCACCUCCUGCGUCCACGUCAGCAAGCACAUAUGGACAUUUUGUGCCACCUGUCACAUAAAAAAAAAACAACUUUCUUAAUUUUUAGUUUGCAAGAUAAUUCUGAAAAAUAUUAUGGGCUAAUAUAAGGUUUGUUUGUUCAAGCCCAUUUGUUUGUCUGUCAAGCACAUGACGUCUUUCAUCCUAGCCGCCUCCGAUUAGAUUCUUGUAACGUCUUCUCUUUCCCAUUAAUUUUCUCCUUUAAUCAGAUCAUUAACAUCGUCAUCCCACUCGCUGCAUUAUUAAUUCGAGCUCAGACUCUUCGUUACCUAACCGGCGAAAGGUCUCUUCAUACGCUUAGAAAAAUUUUACGAUUUUUUGGUGAUAUUUCUUCUUUCCCUUUUUUUUGCAGAUUUGGUUUCGUCGAUCGACCUUGACUCGAUUUGGGUUUGUGCUUUCAGUCCGUAUAAAGAACACCUUGCCUCUCUUCUCCUUCUUCCAUGUCACUAAAUAGGAAGAGGAGAGCCUUCCACGUGUCUCACUCCACACAGAACUCACCGUUUCAAUAAUUCAAAGUCAUCGUUUCCUUUGCGCAGCUUUAAUAUUAACUGUUGAUUUGGGCUACGAAAUAUUUUCAAAUGGGCUCUAAUACACAUGAUGAAGCCCAACAACAUGCAUUCCUUCUUUUUUUUUUUUUUGUUUAAGUCGGUGAAUCUUCGGAUACAAAGAGGUGAGUCUUCAAUCAGUAAACUUCAUCAUUCUCAUUUCAUUCAUCACAAUCAGUACUCUUCUCUCCUCCUAGCCGGUUAGUCAGCUAAGAAUUUGGGAGGCCAGAAACGUAAAGAGACGCGGUGUGCGUAUGGUCGUCUCCCGCUUCCCUUACGCGAUGCCGACUCUUCUAUCCGAUCAAUCAGUGUCGGCAAUCUCUUCCCGGACGGAAGAAGCCUCCUCCGUUGGGGAGCUACGUUGAGCUCCGGUGAAUUGAAAUGGCUUGCGGAUUGCUUAGUUAUCUUUUUCAGUAGUGAAGAUUGGGCAGCAGCCGAAGCCUUGGGGAAGUUAGCCUACGGUGGAAAGAAAUGAUCUUUCCUCCAUUAGCUUUGUUUGGAUGCGUUACUUCAUUUUAGGUGAUGCAAGUUCAGUUCCAUCGCAUACAAAAUCACACCUAACAUGUUUUGGUCUUCUUUCGGUAUUUGCAAUGACAGCAGACACAUGAGAGAUGUAUAGUGUGGAAAGGAUGGGUUUGUAUAAAGUUCUCUUCUCUUUAGAAUUUGAUACUCCCGAGCCUUUUGAAUUCUCGGAUGGAUGGCGGUGAAGGAGUGAGAGCAGGUCGCAUGUGGAAUUGGUGUCCGUCUACACGGAUUAAUUUGUCUCUUAAUUUUGUCUUGAGAGAUGUAUAGUGUGGAAUUAAAGUCCUUACAGCUUUUAUGGGAGACAUAUUGAUGUUCAUAUGCCUUAUCAUGAUCUUAGUGUCGUUGAUGUCUUUUCUGCUGUUGUCCGUCAAGUGACAGCUUUUAUGGUUUGUAUUAUCGGUUUUUAUUGGGAUUUAACGGUUUUUGGUUUUAUCUAUUUAAUAGAUAAAGUGAAUGAAGUGCGAAACCAUUUGUAAAUCGUUUUAGUUUCUACUCUGAUUAAUUUGAUGUCAUAUUCAGUUUGGUA